AUGAAUACGUCAGACUCAAACAAGCACAAUAGCAGUGAUGAUAAUAAUGACAUCAAUCGAGAUGAAGAUGCCGAAGUUAUGAAUACCUUCCAGUCGAGGAGUGAUGAUUCUGUUGUUGAAGCGAGCUCAGGCGUCCCGGAUGGGUCAGCAGAAGAGAUCCAGGAGCUACCAGUAUUGCAAGAAGCUAAAAUUGAACACAAGCCACACAGAUUGUUAUACUUCUUGCCAACAAAAGGUCAAAUGGAAAAGUCAAAAGCUCUGGUCCCCCCUGCCCUUCCAACUGUUUAUGGGCAGCACACAACAGAGCCCACCACAGGGAGCCAGCUAGAAGAAAGUGAUUCUGUGGUGCUGGGUAAUGGUGAGAAAAGAUCUGAGCAAAAGGUGGCAGAGUAUCGAGCUGGAGAAGCCAGUGCUAUUAGCACAGCCCAAGAGAAAGUACACAAGGAGCCCCCCACGAAUCAAGCUACAUCCAUUGCCACCCAAUCUUGCCAUCGUGAUGAGCACAACUCAGAACAACCAACAACAAUCGGCUCUAUUCAAGAGCAAGAUGCUGCCACAGGGCGAGCCAGUGUGGCAGCCGGUGAGCUCUUAGAAGGAAAUCAACAACAGGUCUGCUGA